GAGACAGACAAAGGGCUGUAGGAUGAUAGAGGGCCAUCUGAAGAAGGAGUUAGGACAUCGGAGAGCUAUGCUGGGCUCAGCCUUUUGGAUCCAGCUGGAUUUGUGUUUUGAUGUGGAUUUGAGCAGACAAAAGGUGGAUCUGUACAUGAACAUGUUUAAAAGAAGGAUCCAUGUGCUCUGCUGGUAGAUCUUGGCUGGUGGAAGUCUCAGAUGAGUUCACUGAUUACCAAAGCUAUGUGAUCCACGGCUGCCUGAUGGAGAACCCGACUCUGGAGCGCUCCAUCGCUCUGUUCAACGGAGUGUCGCAGUGGGUCCAGCUGAUGGUGCUCAGCAAGCUCACGCCUCAGACCCGCGCAGAGGUCAUCACCAAAUACAUCCACGUGGCUCAGAAACUCCUGCUUCUGCAGAACUUCAACACUCUGAUGGCGGUGGUGGGGGGGCUGAGCCACAGCUCCAUAUCCCGACUGAAGGAGACUCACUCUUAUCUGGCUCCAGAAGUUGUGAAGAUGUGGAGCGAAAUGACAGAGCUGGUGUCCUCCAACAACAACUACUCCUGCUACCGGAAGGCCUUCAGUGAGUGCCAGGGCUUUAAGACCCCCAUCCUGGGGGUGCACCUGAAGGACCUGAUCGCAGUGCAUGUGGUCUUCCCUGACUGGGGGCAUGACAGCAAUGAGGUGAACCUGGUGAAGAUGCAUCAGCUCUACAUGACCUUCAACGAGUUGGUGUCCUUGCAGACUGCGGUGGCCCAAGUGGAGCCCAACAUGGACCUGAUCUACCUGCUGACGCUUUCUUUAGACCUUUAUUACACCGAAGAUGAGAUUUAUGAGUUGUCAUUACUAAGGGAACCACGUAACCACAAAUCAUUGCCUACCUCUCCAACAACUCCCAACAAGCCCCUGGUCCCUCUGGACUGGGCCUCCGGGGUCCCCACCAAACCGGACCCCUCUGUAGUCAACAAACACAUCAGGAAGGUGGUGGAUUCUGUGUUCAGGAAUUAUGACCAUGACCAUGAUGGCUAUAUCUCUCAAGAGGACUUUGAGAGCAUUGCUGCUAAUUUCCCCUUCCUGGACUCCUUCUGCGUUCUGGACAAAGAUCAAGACGGAUUGAUCAGUAAGGACGAGAUGAUAGCGUAUUUCCUCCGGGCCAACCCACUGCUCCAGUGUAAGAUGGGUCCAGGUUUCAUCCACAACUUCCAGGAGAUGACAUACCUGAAGCCCACCUUCUGUGAACAUUGUGCUGGAUUUCUGUGGGGAAUCAUCAAACAGGGCUACAAGUGCAAAGACUGUGGUGUAAACUGUCAUAAACAAUGUCGGGAGCUGCUGGUUCUGGCCUGCAGGAAGCUGAUCCGCUCCGGCUCUCUUGGAAAUGUUUCUCCAGCCAGACUGACCCACAGCUCCCUGCCCAGCAGCCCGGCUCUGCCCACCUGUGAAGAUGAGGAUGAGGUGUUUGAGUUCCCAGCUGUCCCAUCACCAGGACCAGGUCUGGCCCCUCAGUCCAUCACCCUGAUGACGGGCUCCGCCCAGAGGAUCUCAGUGCGCCUGCAGAGGGCCACCGCAAGCCAGGCAACCCAGACUGAUCCCCUAUGGCCAGAACACAGCUGGGGGGGCACAGACAGCGGCUCCCACACCUUCCCAAAAAUGAAAUACAGGACUCACAGAAAAUCAUCCAAAAAUAAAGGCUUUGCCCGCUGGGAAAACCAGAACGAGCCGGCAGUUUCCACCAGGUGCAGCGUGGACUCUCAGGAGAAGUCAGUGGUCUCAGGAGAGCCCGCACAGAACGGGAGGACACACAGAGUUAAGGACAGCUGACUUGGUCUCGUUGGUGAGGGACAGUCUCAGAAAUUCAGGAAGCCCCUAUCGGCUGGGAGCAGGAAGCUCUUCUCUCUGGGGGACGUGCUGGGCUGCCUGCGGCCCCCCGUCAGUGACCUGGAGCUAUCAUGUCCUCUGUAGACCUCGGCACAGGUGGAGCUGAUGUGGCUCCCAGUAGCUGCAUGGAAAGACUGGCUAAUGGACUAACACCUGCUGUGUGUCACCCUGUGGAGGGUCUUUGGCUGGGGAUAUUUGGGAUGUACACAACAUCAGCACUUGGAAAAGUAAAGGAAACAUUUGUUAACUUCCAAAAAGAGUGAAAUUGGUUCAGCCUAGUGAAUCAAAGACAGCCAGUAACUUUUUUGUAACCGCUUUAAAUGCCAGCUUGGGGAUUACAAAGUAAAAGCCUGAACUAAAGAAAGAGACGGGCACGUUCUUCCCAAGUGGAAAUGAUCCAAAAGAUCAUGAUGGAUAUGGGAAAGAGUUUUAAAAAAGGGAAGUCCAAAUGGAGAAGAACGUUAAGGGAAUCCAACCCUCCUGACAUACAGAGCAGUGAAGAUGGACCAUUCUGGACCCUGGAGUAUUUAUGGCCAAUUUGUAUUUAUUCCUACAUUUUAUUUAUAUUUGUACAUGAAAACUACAGUGUGUUUAACCCUCCCUAUUGUUUAAAAUGUAUACAAUUACAUUUCUUUCAGCAUGACAUAUGAUUAAUACCUGGCCUGACUCCAGCAUUACAAAAAGAUAAUUUAUUUUAACAGAAGCUGUUCUCAAAUAAAACACAUCGAAGACAUUCAUUGAAAUACAAUACACAUGGUUGUAUGUUUAUCUAUGAUAUUAUAUUGAUCUACUUUAUCAUAAUUGAAUGCAGAAAAAUCAUAUUGUCACUAAAUGAACAUUUGCCAGCGGGAGAUAUAUUUAGCAUUUACAUGACAGUAAAUGAAUAUAUAAAAGCUAAUAUAUCAUUUAUAUUACUAUUUUAAAUAUUUCAUAACCAGGGUACAAAUAUUGCCUGUUGGUACUUUUGACACUUAAACAAUCUUAACAGAUUCAAUAGUAAAGUUAUUUGUAUUAUCGAUAAAACAAAGUUACGAUUCUGCACAAAGAGCAAAAGAAACAGAAUGUAUUCAUAUAUUGUCACUUUGCCGUCGUAUUAAAUAAAACUGACACUGUUAGGAAAUAAAAGAGAAUGACUUUAAAAA